AUGGCUGCGAAAGUCCUCAAGGCUACGACAAAUUUAACGGGUUUGGCUGUUUCCAAAGAUCCACAUUAUUCAUUGAAACUUUUAUAUGGUAAAAUAUUGCGAGAUUUAAAAAAAAUACCGGAUAAUUCAGCGUAUAGAAAAUAUACCGAAGAAUUAACUCAAUCUCGACUUCAGCACGUUUUAUCGGAGCCUGAUAUUGCAAAAUUAGAACGUAAAAUCAAUUGUGGACAAAUAGAAGAAGUCAUAAUUCAAGCUGAAAAUGAAUUGACGUGUGCAAGACGAAUGACUGAACAUAAAGUGUGGGAACCGUUAACCGCUCAAGCUCCUGCUAACCAAUGGAAAUGGCCAAUCUAA